UUUUCCUCCGUGUUAUUCAUUCUCCAAAUGUUUCCUACAAAUUGUACUUUCCUCUAAUACUGGUUCAUAUUUCCUAAAUUUGUGAUAGCGGAUAGAGUGUUCAACAAUGAAACAAUAAAGGAAUGGAAAAUAGAAAAGCUGAAUAAGUGCUACAUGUGCUCAAAUUUAUAAAUUACUUUCUACUUGGAUCUAUCGUUUUUAAUGAAAAAAGAUGUCAGGAAUUAGCACGAAAGUAAUAUUCCUGUGUUUUUUAUUUACCGUGGAACAAUUUACAAGUUGUUCCGCUAAAAUUGGUUACAUAGAUAUAGUGGAACUGUUGAAGUUCGGUCAGGAAAUAGCAACGGAUGCUUUUGAAUCGUGGGAAUUAAUACGUCCAAGAGGUCCUGAAUAUGACAAUAACCUACCGUUCGUACAUAGAAUGGAAAAGGAAUUAAGAAACCAAAUAUCAAAAGUGUCCCAUAAACUCGAUAUGUAUCAAGAAAAACUAGAAUUACGUAUAGAUACAAUUAUGGUUAAACUUUUGAACGAUUUACCAUUACAACAAAAUUUAGAUCAAAGAUUGAGAAAAAUUGAUGAACUGCUUGGUAGGAUCGAUGAUCUUUACCACAGUUUUCAGAUGUUUGUCGUGGAACCUAAAAGAUACGAACGAUUUACAUUGGAAGAUUUCGCGAAAACAUGUGUUUCUUCCAGAUCGGGCGCUCUUCCUGAUGUUUUAAAAACCCUUCAUAGAUUAUGUACCCCUAAUGACGACUACACCUUCAGCAAAAGCGUUAUCGUGUUACUGGUAAAUCAGAUGCAACAAGCAGCCUCUCAAAUUUGUAAUGAAAAUCAGUCGCUUCAACAAUUACUCUAUAAUUUGUAUAGCACUAUAACUCUAACAGAAAUCAAAGGCUACAGUAUGAUUCAAUUCUCUUAUAUAUUAUUGAGACUUUAUAAUCCAGGUUCCAACUUCACUGAAGAAAUGGCACUGGUCAGACAGCAAUAUGAAACGAGAACAUCGGAGACCAUGAGGGCCGUGAAAACGGCCAUGGCUUUUGCACCUAAAGAUAUCUGGAGAUGCGACGCGAGAAUCCCUAAAUUAGAUGAAACGUAUACCCAACUAAAUCAGCUAUUCCAAGGAUACAUUGUUAACGAGGUAGACCUGAAUAAAGACUCAACGUGUAGGGAGAACUGCGGCUAUUACACGUACACCAAAGUGCAUGGAUGUUUUAAGAAUCAAUUUUGCACCCAACAACGCAAAUGUAAUGGUAAAAUAGUGAACUGCGAGUACAUCGAUUCAGAUAUGUGGAUUUGCCCAUCGGCACGUAACAGCGAUAGAAGAUACGAAUACAUAGAAUAUGAAAACGGUAAGGUAUUCGGAGAUAAGAAAACUUGCACCAAUCCUAAAACAAAAGUGGAUAGCUGGUGGCGUUGGUUGUUCUGGCAUUGCAGCUACUGUUUUUGUUACUGCGAUGAUAAUACUCCUAAAUCUGAUCGAUACUUCAGUUUGCGGACUGUUAUAUCCGACGUGGCCAACAACAAAAUUGUAACAGGACUUAGACUGAAGAAAGUAAAUCAGAUAAUACAUAUGCAGAUACAAGAGGGUGAAUUGAUGCCAUUAGGAGGCAUUAACAAAACUAGUGUACAAUGGAAACCAAUUGACAUAUUUUCUAUAUUGGAUAGUAAUGUGAAAAAAGAUAUUGAUUACCAUACCAUAUCGUGGGAAAAAAGAGGUGUGGAUCUAGAUGAUUUAGAAGCAGGAGAUUAUUAUCUCUUAACAGGCGUCAAGUUCAGAACACUUGGCUCGCGGUUGAAUUUAGAAAUAAGACUCAGUCCAUUCAAUUUUACAACGGGGAAACUAAUAGAUCCAUUGGGAAGAAGUUUCUGGAUCACCAAUGAUGUAACUGAGAGAGAGGAACUGACUUUAGUAAACCCUGAUAUCCCAACACGCCAAGCUUUACUAGCAAUGCCAGAUUCAAAAACAGAUCAGUAUGUGAAUUUCGCGCCAAGCGACCGUGCAAGCGAUGCUGCACAAAACACAAUACCAUUCCUUGAUGUUCAACCGAUAGAACCAAAUCCACCCGUCCCAUUAAUGGGUGCCGGAAUUUUCCAUAAAGGUAGACCGGGAUCGGGUGGAUACAUAGGGAUGAAAGUGAUCACAUACGAUUUCACUAAACAUUUACAAGCCGAUUUAAUCCCUACACCGCCCAUUAUCAAUACUCCAAACGAAAUAAAAGCAGUAUGAAUUUUAGCUGUAUACGGGUAA